CAAACAGCUGGCCGCUCGCAGGACACUACUGGUUCUGCUGCUGAGGCGGUAUGGCGCAUUGAUCGACACUUGGAUCUCAUGUUCCGGCGAUCAGAUAGGAAGUCUGGCGGGGCAAGAAAGAAACUAGGACGUCGCUCGAGCAAGGGAGGCGCGCUCGAGUGAGCGAGCAAGCAAGCAGACAGCGGAGCCGGGACGGGUCUACGAGGCCUCUUCAGCGUCCGUCUCCAACGCGAGACGGUCCUCCUGUCCGUUAAGAUAGCCGGAAACCAGGGAUAUGGACGGGCGCAGCGAGCGGACGACAAAGGCCCCUGCUUCGUCUCACGGGCCUCUCUCCGCCAUCCUAUCUCCGCUGUUUCCGUCGCUGUGUGCGCAUAGUCGAGUGUGCUCUAGCAGCGGUGAGCGCCACUCUCAGAAAGCACAUGCGUCCUUCAGUCUUCCGUCAAGCCGCUGGAGAUGUGACAAAAGAGAGAUGCAUUCUCGAAAGCAUAAUACACUGCGAUCACCCGAGUGCCCCGCCUCGAAAAAGGCGGCGGGAGAGGGAGGAGCUUGGAAUGAGCGACGAGCUUUAAACUCGCGUGCGUCUCUCACCCCAGCCCGCUCUCCGGCCGCGCUCCGGGCGCCCGGGUCACCUGGAGAUUUUUCGGAGGGCGCGCGCGCGCGCGUCCCAUCGAAACAAAUAGUCAGGAGUGGAGCCGGAACGGAAGUCGAGACGAGCAAGACACAGGAACAGGACAGGCGAGUGGGGGGAGGAGCAGCAGAGGAGAGAGAGGACCGAGGUCAAAAAGAAGCUUUUGGAUGUGUCCCCCCGGAUCAUUCGCCCUAUCGCCCAUCCCAUCUAUCUCCCCUGCAUUCACUCGGGCGAUCUCCCUCUUCUUCGCUUCGCUUUUCCCCUUCUGACAGUGGGCCCCUCUCAUAGAACAGCCACCAGGAUGAAGGAGCUCAAGUCGAUCCUCGUCGGCACCUUCAACACGCCCGAGCUCUUCCACCUCGUCUUUGACCCGCACACCGAGUCGCUCGCCGUGUCUGCCGUCUUUCCCGCACACGGCAACCACUCCUGGCUCGCGCUUGGCCCGCCCAGGGACGGCGGCCAUCGGAACCUGUAUGCGACGGCGUGGACCGACCCGACGAGUGUGGCCGCCUACCGCGUGGUGGAUCAGGGGUUAACACAGGGG